AGGACGUGAAAUGCUUUCAAAAGCUUGCAUUAGGUUUUCUAAAAUUAUAUUUUAGUGUUUAUGUGGUUUUAAGAGCUUGCAGAAUUAGCUCUACCGGAUGAAAAAGAGAAAAGUGGAGCAUCGCCACAAGGCUGUGGGCAUGAUCCCGACGAGUGUUAAUGGUCAAGCACUCCACAUUGAAAGAAGAAACAAUUAAGGCAAAGGAGCCAGCCACAAAGACUCGGAACAAAAAGUACACGAAAACCAGGCCUAAGAAAAACGAGCCUAGAGAGGCUCCACAGCAACCUUCGCCUAAUUUGAAAUGGCGGGCGAAAACCAGCUUGUACCGUCUUUUUUGUUGUCAAAAUACUGUUUACUCCGUAAUACUUUACGCAGUACUUUUGAUAUUUGUGACGUUAUUUAUUUACGCCGCCUGGAAGUUCAGUGUUGUUUAUUUAGCAACACGAUUUCACAAACCGACCCAACAGCUGCAUGAUGGAAAAACUAACAACUCUUCUCAAAGUCCCUGGAAGUCCAUGCAAGAUGACAGAAAUGAGACAAAAGCCCAUCAUAUCUAUCAAGAAAAUUUUAAUGAAAAUUUGUUAAAGAAAACAAGCCCUAAAACAGCUGACGUUUCUGAAAAUUCUGGCUUAUCCAGCAAUGAAAAAUGGAAAACACAAUUGUUAGGACCAAACCUCGAGCCAAAAAAUGAACAAGGACACCUUCCGCCAUGGUUAUCGUCACCAUGGAAUCAAAACUACCAAAACCCGCAAGAUGUACAGGGGGACAAGAGGUACAUUAUACCGCCUAGUCCUUCGUACCUUCGCAGUCAGAAUGAUAAUAAGAAAAAAAAUAACGUUUUUGAAGGAAGUGGAGAAAAUCAAUUAGAGCAGUGGCGGACUAUAAGAUAUAAUUUAUUAAAAAACAGGUUGCAGUUAACAACGGCUUCUAGUAUCCCGACAGAAAGUCCAUAUUGGAAAGCUUGGUACAUGUCUAGGUAUACGACACGGAGCCCAUUUCUGGGUAAUCAUUUGCGAGAAAGUCAAAAGAAUGAUAGCAUCUAUCCUGUCUACGACGAUUUGAGCAAGGCACUACCUCCUGCGUUUGAACAUACUGAAUUGAUUCCGAAAGUAGUGAUUUCGAAACCGGGUGAGAAUGAAUUUUUUAAACAUUCUAAAAUUGAGCAGGUUCGCUCAAAAACGACCAUGCCCAGUGCUUAUAGCAAGUUGUUAGAAGACCUGUUUAGUAAAUUGCCUGCAUUACGAGGUAUGCAAGGAACGGUAAAACCGGUGAGGCCAAAGUCAAGUCCUCGUGUUUCUGAUUCAACCAAUAGUUCGUUUUUGACAUCGUUGUUCUCAGCAUGGCAAAAAAAAUUCGGGAGCCACGGAGCUAGCAACGGUGGAAGGAGUAAUUUAGGACUUUCAACACAAAAGCCUACUCUGGCAAAUAUCACUACAAAAAGGACAGCUGCAACUACAAAAGCUUUAAUGACAAAUGGGACUACAACCCCGAAGAGAACUACAACAUCCGUGACAAAUGCGACAACAAUACCAGCAACAGCAACCACAAGAAAAAUCACAACGUUGUCAACAACUAAAGCAACAACCGCAACAACGAUGAAAACGACAACAGCAACGACGAUGAAAACAACCAAACAAACAACAGCUCUAACGACAUCGACAAAGCCGACUAUGAAAGGAACUGAAACAAUAACAAGUAACAGGAAAAAGAAAUCGAAGAAAAAGCACCACGAAAGUCGCAAACAUCAUUCACGAAAAAGGCAUCAUUCGGGCAAAAAGAAAAAUCAUGCUGCAAAUGGUGAUGCAGCUGAAAAACAUGGAAGCAACAAGAAAAGAAAGAAGUCAGGCAAAGGUUAUCGUUUACAAGGCUCUGAUCUUCCAAUGGCUACCAUUGGAGGGUUGGGCAGUGAUGCUGCUAGUUCUCUUAACGUGGAUGAAGGAGGGAGCGGCAGUGGCAGUGGAGUUGGAAGUGGGUUAAAUCAUGGAGAAAGUGGAUCAGGAGAAAGUGCGUCGAUUGCUGAUAACUUAACUGCAGCGAUGGAAGAAAGCCACAACCAUGGUUACGUCGGACUGCGCGAAAGACUACGGGAUUUAAGGAAAAAGAAAACCACUAAAGGACACAGAAGGAAAAUUAAAUCGAAAGAUGAAGAUAUCCAAGAAAAGGGUACUACGCGUGAUGUUAUUUCAAGGAAGAAACACCAUCAUGAAAAGAAAUCAAAGCACAAAGCACAGCGUAAAAGCAAACACUCAAAGAAAGUUCAUGGAGAGAAAAAAACGAAAGCAAAGAAACGAAAAACAAGUCGUCAACAUAGUAACAAACAUAAGUUUAUGAAAAUAGUACAGCACAAACUCCUACGCAUGAAGCAAAAGAAUCAGAUUGCAAGUCGUCUCAAAAAGGUGCAGGACAAAAUGAGAAAUGUUGGUAAACAAAAGCAUGGCAAGAAAGAAGUUAAAGGGAAUAAAAGAGACAGUAUAGUUGGAUCAAGUCACGAUAAAAAGCUACUCGAUAAAAGAAUUUUGCGUAAAGAAGAACCAAAGCAUUGGCGUCAGGGGCAGCUGUCGCUUGAAAAGUGCGCUAUUCUUAGAGAGUUUGACCAUCAUCAUUAUAUAGGAUUGAACAAGCUGUGGAGGAGCAGUGGAAAGAAUACCUUUGCUGUGACAGAAUGCUCUUCAAAUACUAGGCAUAAACGCCGUGUCAAGUGCAGGAGGACAUUCUAUAGAACGCAGGGUUAUUUAGGGCUAAAACCUGCGAAGAGUGGUAAGAAACGGCGGUUAUAUCUGAUUGUUUGCAACAAGAAGGAGAAUCUUGAGAAAAUGCUCAAAGGAGGACUAGAGCAUACAAAGAAAACAGAUAUUCAGUAUACAAACAGAAAGAAACAUGAUGCCAAGAAGAGUAAAAAGAAAAGAAGAAAAGGAAAGCACAAAAGGAAAGGACAUAAAAAGAGUGAGAAAACCUUGUCAAAGAAAAGUCAUAUCAGUCGCCAUAAGUCAAGAUCGUCGAAGAAGGGCCAUAAGAGAAGACAUAGAAAGCAUCAUGACAGACGCAGCAAGAGACACAGAAAACACAAAAAGAAGAUAUCGAAAAGCAAAGAUGAUGACGAUGAUAAUGACGGAGAAAGUGGGAGUGGAACAGACGAAAAAUUUAGUGGGGACGAAGAGGAGCGGGUUGAAAGAUCCACAUCUACAAGUAAUAAAACAAAACAUCAUAGAAGGCACCGAAGGAAGAUGGAAAGAAAGCGAAAAAAGAAAUUGGAUGUGAGUCAUGAAAAAGCACUUAACGCGACAAAAAAUGUUGAAAACAGGACUCGAAAUGCUGACAGUUCAGGGCAAGUAAGAAAGGACAGUUCUCGGCUUUAUGCCGAGUUUGCAGAUAUGAUGGCAGAAAUGAAACAAGAAAUAAAAAAUGUAACAAUGAUGAAAAAUGGCUUAACAAAUGAUAAGACAUUUGCGAGCUCUACAAAUACUUCUGUAGUUAUGGCUAACAAAUCUGUAGAGGCGGCAAACACGACGUUAAACAGAAAAGAAGGUCUGAAGUUGAGUAGCAAAAUGAACGAAACUAAAGAGAAAACAAAUACAUCUAAAAAUGCGAUUAAUAGUGGGACAAUACAAGAUAUGGUUGCACAGCUCGUCCCAGCAAUAAUGAAGCAAAUUCAAACAAAACCAUUACAGUUGCCUACAAGCCCAAUAAACACGAAAACAACUUCAAAACUGCUGCAAGAUACUACAAAACAGACCACAACUGUAAAAUCGAUUCCCACAAAAGCGAAAGCAUCCGCCAGUACCACUAACGCGACAACCACAACAACAGUUAAGACAACGCCAACAACGAAGCCCGUGACUACUACCAAGGUGCGGCCUACGCCUCACCAGACAACCCAUCACCAUACAACUGCACAUCAUACAUCGAUGGCACAGCAUCUGUCAACGAAAAAACAUUCGAAACCUCAACCAAAAACCACGUCAGCACCUAACCUCGCUUUGAUCAUCAAAGGGCUUAAAGCUUUGGGCAUAUCUUCACUAGGCCAACAUACAUCAACGGGGAAGCCAUCACAAGCAGGAGCAAAGACUGAUCAACUGCCGACUAACCAGGCCGAGAAAAAGUCUGUCAAGCCAACUGUGAAAGCAGCCAAAAUUAAACAACCUCCCUUACCACCACCAAUUCCAAAGCCUGCUAAGCUUCAUAAUCAGUUUAUGAUGAAUAUCCUUUGCUUUGGUGAUAGCUUGACUGCCGGCUACCACAAUCAUGGGAAAGCAUUUUCACCCUAUGGAAAUCAUUUGAAACAACUGAUCUCUUAUGCGACAAGGAUACCUGUAUCGACGACAAUCAAGGGCAUUGUUGGAGAAAUGACUCAUAAACAGAUGGUAAGCAGGCUGCCUGAAAUACUCGGCAAUAAUUCAGUUUUCGACUGGGUUAUCAUUCUCGGUGGAACAAAUGACAUUUUACAUGUGAAGAAUUUCGCUGAUGAUCAGGAGUUUCUCAAUCAACUUGAAAGCGUCUGGCAACCGCGAAUCACCAAGGACAUUGAAAAACUCCAUAACAUUGCACAUAGUUAUGGCGCCCGCUCGAUGUUACUAACAGUCCCCGAGAAUGCUAUCGAGGUGUGGCCUGAAUACAGAAUAUUGAUGACCAUGAGGACUAAAAUUAAUAACGCUUUACGACAGUUUGCCAAUCAAAAUAGAGAUAAAAUUUUGUUCUGCGAUCUAGCUAAACGAUUACCCAGACAUUCAUUAACACCGCAGCAAGAGGCCUUGUUUUGGGACGAUCACUUACACAUGACACCACGAGGCUACGACAGAAUGGCGGAGGAGGUCUUCAAAUGUUUGAAACCGUAUAUUCCGAAAGGAUAGGUGACAAAUUUGUCACUAGUUGAACAUUAGUGUGUUAGAUUCAGUGACAUGUUCUACCUCCUUUAAACUUUAAAAUUUAGUUUUAAAGAUACAAAUUGUUCUUAUUCAGCAAGAAAAAACCAUAGCAAUUAAAUUAGAUACAAAACAACAGACAAAAUAACUCAUUUAGAACUGACAUUUCGGGUCGUAGAGUAGAUGAUGAAAAAAAUUUUCAUCUAAAACUUGUGCAAGCGAUAAAGAAAUAUAUUUUUCAAGUUUCUUUUCUUGGUAUGCCGUGUCAUUUGCUAGCGAAAUGGACUGAAUCUUGAUUUUAUAUUUUGUUUUGCAGUCAAGCAUCUCCCAAUGUGUUGAGCUAAGUUACUGGUUAAAAUUCAAUUUUGUGAUAUUUCCGUCGAUUUUUAAUGUAAAUACUCGUAUUAAUAGGCAGAAACGAUGUUUUAGGCCUGGUAUCAGCAUUGUUUUAAUUCGGAAACUUAUGUUAUAGGCUACUUUUAUUCAUGAAGUUCAUAAUUAAAUUUUUUAACGAUCUAUCCUUUCUCUGGGAUUUUUUUAACCUGACUAUGCUUGUAAACCUUUAAUAUUAGAUACAGAUUAUGAUUUAUAGGUUUUAAAGGGAAAGAAUUUAUUUGAAAUUGUUUUAAGGAUUUAUGGAAAGACAACCGUUACUAUCCUAGUAAGAAGAGGUGGAGCUGUGGAGAAUAGGAGGUGGAGAGCGGAGAAGAAGAGAAAAGGAACAAUAGCACCUUUGUUCUUCCUCCUUCUCUUUUGCAGCUCAAGCACUAUCUUGUUAUUCCACAGUUCUUUUUAUCCUUUUUCCCUCCCCUUCUCCCUUCCCAAUAGCCUCUGUUGAGGUCUUCAUGCAGGCUGGUUCACGGCCUCUAUGAGGCCUGGAAAAUGACCUGGGACAUCCGUAAUAAAGCUACAGCUCCUAUUCAUGGCAACUACUCUAUGUAGGGCUCCCAAACUGCAAAAUCUCUGAUUCUAUUUCAAAUUUCAUUAUUUGAUUUAAAAACAGUAAAUAUAAACUGAGUUCAUACCUAAUAACCGCUUUCGGCCCCUCAAAGCCUUAAAAGGGCCCUGGGCCCAUCUGCUCUCAGUCACGGCCCUUGUCAGCAGGCCAGCACUUAGUAAUUAAUGAAAUGGGUGUAUGUCACUUUUCUUAUUCUAAAGCUAGUAUAAGUUAACAUCGUAGAAUAACAGCCUUUUUGCAAUAGUAUUCAAUAAAUGUUUCUGUUAAAGACACUGUCAUUAAAAUGCAUUGAUGUAA